GCGCUCGAGAGAGCUCGUCCUAAACUUACCAGAUCAGCCUCGCGCGUGGUUCUCUCGGUCUCUGUUUGUCGUUCUCCCGCGUGCACGGUCCAUGCCGCCAAUGAGUAUCAGAUAGAUAUCGUCCGGUAAUAUUUCACUACUGGGAGCAAAGGUCCCGGAAAAUAAUACGACGUUUAAAAACUGAUUCUGUUAAUGUGCGCAUUUACGGGACAUGACCGAGUCACGGAUUCCAACGGUAAAAGAUGGAAGACGGAGGUUGAUGGGAUGGGAUGACUUCAUUACCGAAGAGUCUAAGAAAGAGACAGCUGUUUCUGACUGUCAUAGUUUGGGUCCCUAAAGGUCAAGAUUCUGACGGUUGGAGGGGAACCGAUGUAGAAUUCAUCUUGCGCGUGUGAAGCAGUGUGAAGAGAGGGUUUUUACGCAUCAGUGUGUGUGUGUGUGUGUGUGUGUGUGUGUGUGUGAUGGCGUCUCGGGCCCAGGACAUAUGACCCAACAUGGAGGCCUACAGCCCUGACAACGUCACUCAGGAUGCCUCCCGCCUGGCCCGCCACCCCUACCACGGUUACGCCCCCGGCCCCUCUGGCCCCCCCGGCCCCUCAGGCCCCUCAGGCCCCCCCCUGGCGGGGGUGGGGGGGGCAGGGGACACCUCUCUCCUGGGGCUGGAGGACAGCACUAAGUUACUGGGAGUACAGGUGGUGCUGAUCAUGGCGUACAGCACCAUCAUCCUGCUGGGGGUUGUGGGUAAUUCCCUGGUGAUCUACGUCAUCUACCGCUUCAAGACACUGCGCACCGUCACCAACUACUUCAUCGCCAAUCUGGCAGUGGCGGACCUCCUGGUGGACGCCCUGUGCCUGCCCUUCACCCUGGUCUACACCCUGGAGGGGGAAUGGAGGUUUGGGCAGGUGCUCUGCUUCCUGGUCCCCUUCGCCCAGGGCCUGGCUGUGCACGUGUCCACACUCACUCUCAAUGUCAUCGCUCUGGACCGCCACAGGUGCAUUGUGUACCAUCUGGAGACACGUAUGAGGAAGGAGGUGUGCUUCUGUGUGAUCGGGGUCACAUGGGGGCUGAGUGCCGUCCUGGCCAGCCCACUCGCUAUCUUCAGAGAGUACGGAAGCUUCCACCUGGCUCCGGGGCAGUCCAUACAGGUGUGUACAGAGAAGUGGCCGGGCGGCAGCACGUCAGACGGCACGGUGUACAGUGUGAGUAUGCUCCUCCUGCAGUACGUGCUCCCCCUCGCCAUCAUCACCUUCGCCUACGUCCGCAUCUGGUCCAAGCUGCGUUCCCACGUCCAGCCCGCCGGCCACCACCUCGACCGCCACCGACGCCGCCGCAAGACCACCAAGAUGCUGGUCACCAUGGUAGCAGUGUUCGCGGGCAGCUGGCUGCCCUUCCAUGCCUUUCAGCUGGCCACCGACAUCGACAGCUCCGUGUUGGACAUGCGGGACUUCCGGCUGCUCUACACCCUGUUCCACGUGCUGGCCAUGUGCUCCACUUUCGCCAACCCACUCCUCUACGGGUGGAUGAACCGCAACUACCGGGCGGCCUUCGCCGCCGUGUUCCGCUGCGACCAGCGGCUGGACAGCGUGCACCCCGAG